AUGGCAGGGACCUUACUCCAGUCAGUUGCCCUCGGAACAACAUUCGGGGGUCGCAUAAGCACCCAGCGUUGGAGGUCCCAUGGCACCAGGAGGCCUUCCUCUAUGUUGGCAAUGUCACUUAGCCGCCCUGUCAAGAUGUCAGCAUUUGUGGGUCUAAGAUCAGUGCAUAGCUUCUCGGUCACACCGACGGUGUCCAAUUCCAGGUCGACCGUUGCAUCUUACAGGUCGUCUCGACGGACAAGACGUUCUCGUUUUGUUACUCGGGCAAUGUUUGAGAGGUUCACCGAGAAAGCUAUUAAGGUCAUCAUGCUUGCGCAAGAGGAAGCAAGGCGCCUGGGGCACAACUUUGUUGGAACUGAGCAGAUUCUCUUGGGUCUGAUUGGAGAGGGCACUGGUAUUGCAGCUAAGGUGCUCAAGUCCAUGGGAAUAAAUCUCAAGGAUGCACGUGUGGAGGUGGAAAAGAUUAUUGGCCGCGGCAAUGGUUUUGUUGCUGUUGAAAUACCAUUCACACCACGCGCGAAACGUGUUUUGGAGCUCUCCUUGGAGGAAGCUCGCCAAUUAGGACAUAAUUAUAUUGGAUCUGAGCACCUGCUUCUUGGACUGCUUCGUGAGGGUGAAGGUGUGGCGGCUCGUGUGCUUGAGAGUCUCGGAGCUGACCCCAGCAAUAUCCGUACACAGGUUAUUCGAAUGAUUGGUGAGACCACAGAAGCUGUUGGUGCUGGAGUUGGAGGGGGCAGCAGUGGUAAUAAGAUGCCAACUCUUGAGGAGUAUGGAACUAAUUUAACAAAAUUAGCAGAGGAGGGAAAAUUAGAUCCUGUUGUUGGAAGGCAGCCACAGAUUGAGCGUGUGGUACAAAUUUUAGGUAGACGAACGAAGAACAAUCCCUGCUUGAUUGGAGAGCCUGGUGUUGGAAAGACUGCAAUUGCUGAAGGGCUUGCUCAACGCAUUUCUACAGGCGAUGUACCUGAAACAAUAGAAGGGAAAAAGGUCAUUACCCUUGACAUGGGACUUCUUGUUGCUGGCACAAAAUACCGUGGAGAAUUCGAAGAAAGAUUAAAGAAGCUGAUGGAGGAAAUAAAGCAGAGUGAUGAGAUAAUACUCUUUAUUGAUGAAGUUCACACUCUGAUAGGAGCAGGAGCAGCCGAAGGUGCUAUAGAUGCUGCUAAUAUCUUGAAGCCUGCGUUGGCCAGAGGUGAAUUACAGUGCAUUGGAGCGACUACACUUGAUGAAUAUAGGAAGCACAUUGAGAAAGACCCAGCACUUGAACGGCGGUUUCAACCUGUGAAAGUGCCAGAGCCAACAGUAGAUGAAACCAUUGAAAUUCUCAGAGGACUGAGGGAACGAUAUGAGAUCCACCAUAAACUUCGUUACACUGAUGAAGCUCUGAUUGCAGCUGCAAAACUGUCAUAUCAAUAUAUCAGUGAUCGUUUCCUCCCAGAUAAGGCAAUUGACUUGAUUGAUGAAGCAGGUUCCCGUGUUAGGCUACAGCAUGCACAGGUUCCUGAGGAAGCAAGAGAGCUUGACAAGGAGCUCAAACAAAUCACGAAACAGAAGAAUGAAGCUGUUCGUAGCCAGGAUUUCGAGAAGGCUGGGGAAUUGCGAGACCGUGAAAUGGAAUUGAAGGCCCAGAUAACAGCCUUCAUUGACAAGAGCAAGGAAUUGAGCAAAGCAGAGGAAGAGUCUGGAGAGACAGGACCUAUGGUCAAUGAAGCAGAUAUCCAGCACAUAGUAUCGUCAUGGACUGGCAUCCCUGUGGAGAAGGUUUCCAGCGAUGAAUCGGAUAAGCUUCUUAAGAUGGAAGAGACUUUGCACAAGCGUGUCAUUGGCCAAGAUGAGGCUGUGGUAGCCAUUAGUCGCUCCAUCCGCCGUGCUCGUGUGGGUCUCAAGAACCCCAACAGGCCAAUUGCAAGCUUUAUUUUUGCAGGUCCCACCGGUGUUGGGAAGUCAGAGCUUGCAAAGACUCUUGCAGCCUAUUACUUUGGCUCUGAGGAGGCUAUGAUCCGGCUUGAUAUGAGUGAAUUCAUGGAGAGGCACACAGUAUCCAAGCUGAUUGGUUCACCUCCAGGAUAUGUAGGAUACACUGAGGGUGGGCAGCUGACAGAGGCAGUUCGACGGCGGCCAUACACAGUUGUGCUCUUUGAUGAGAUUGAGAAAGCACACCCGGAUGUCUUCAACAUGAUGCUUCAGAUUUUGGAAGAUGGGAGAUUGACUGACAGCAAGGGAAGGACUGUGGACUUCAAGAACACACUCCUGAUCAUGACCUCAAAUGUAGGGAGCAGCGUCAUCGAGAAGGGUGGGCGGAAGAUCGGAUUUGACCUUGACUCUGAUGAGAAGGACAGCAGCUACAGCAGGAUCAAGAGCCUGGUCAUCGAGGAGAUGAAGCAGUACUUCCGACCUGAGUUCCUCAACCGUCUUGAUGAGAUGAUCGUGUUCAGGCAGCUGACCAAGCUCGAGGUCAAGGAGAUCGCGGAUAUCAUGCUCCAGGAGGUCUUUGACAGGCUGAAGGCCAAGGACAUCAAUCUGCAAGUGACUGAGAAGUUCAAGGAGCGGGUGGUGGACGAAGGCUACAACCCCAGCUACGGUGCACGCCCGCUGAGGCGAGCCAUCAUGAGGCUGCUGGAGGACAGCCUUGCUGAGAAGUUGCUCGCUGGGGAGGUAAAGGAGGGCGACUCUGCCAUAGUGGAUGUUGACUCGGAGGGGAAGGUCGUUGUGCUCAAUGGCCAAGGCGGCAUACCGGAGCUCUCAGCUCCGGCGAUCACCGUUUAG